AUGAAAGAGAUUCGUACGAUUCUACUACUCGCAUUGUUAGUGUGGCUAACGAGUCCAAAUGCAGUUCAAGCGCACCGCUAUGUUCUGCGUCCAUUGAGUGCACGCGAAGUCUAUCGGCUGCUCGCCAACACAGGUCGUAGUAAUGACAUACCGCAGGGUCGCAUUAUCACACAGGGUCUCACGUUCAUCGGUGACAUCACUCGUCGUAUAAUCGGUGUGGGCACGGAACCGCGCAUAACUACGCAAGAGGUUUGCUAUGAAACGCGCAGCGCACGCAGUCUAGCCGAGGCUGAAGCGGUCUACGACUCUUAUGUAGCGGCCAGUAAUCGACCUGAGCCUGAUAGACAGCAUAAGCGAGUGCGUAACAGUGAGGUGGGACGCAUUUUGAAGUUGAAGAAGCGUAAAAAGUUACGCGUGGACGAGGAACUACGGGGAAAUCAACGCAUUCGAAAUGAAGAUAAUGCACCAAUUAGUCUGCCUGGCUUGGGCUCCCGCACGACUACACCCACUUAUAGUACGGACUCUGCCAUUUAUUCCACACCGCAGCGCUCUUCGCUCACUACGGAUCCAGCUGUAACAACUAUGACGACCAAAAGCGAUGCGACGGUGACGACGAACCCCACAACAACAAUGAAUCGGAAUGACGAUGCCACAAUUUCGACAUUCACAACAUCCACAUCGCCGGAGGGCUCCAUUAAUUGCAUUGUUAUUAAGAAGAAUGAAUAA